AUGCAAUUCACCACUCAGCAGCUCCGCGGUGGCGCUCGCUACAAGCCCACUUGUCGCAUCGGUAAUUGGUGCGAGGAGGUCGAACUAAAUGAGCUCAGGAUGAAGGAAUAUGUCUCGAAGAAGGAUAGUGGUGAUCUGCUGGUCAUAUCGAAGCAGCUCAUGCUGGAGCGAGCGCUACAACCCUCGGUGGCGAAAUUCAAAGGGAACGACGGCAUUCUACGGAACGGCGACACUGUUAUGCUGCGGAAUGCUGCAACGGAGGGAUUCCUCAACGCCAAUGCUGAGGACUUAAUACCAGGCAGAAAGGGAGCUGCAUAUGCAGUCACUACUGGGUCCAAUCCCAUCCCAUGCAUUCGCAAUGUGUUCGCCGUUGAGGUUGUGAACGCUAGCCCCGAUGCUCCCGUAUGCUACGGCGACGAGGUGAGAUUGGUUCUCUCCGGUUUCGUCCCGGACAGUUUGCAUACGAAUGCGGGUAGAAAUGUAUAG